AUGAGUAGCAUCGGAACAGGCUACGAUCUAUCCGUCACUACUUUCUCACCUGACGGUCGCGUUUUCCAGAUCGAGUAUGCUGCCAAAGCCGUCGAUAACAGCGGGACUGUUAUUGGGAUCAAAUGCAAAGAUGGAAUUGUGUUGGGUGUUGAGAAGCUUAUUCCUUCCAAAAUGAUGCUUCCGGGUUCCAAUAGAAGAAUACACGCCGUUCAUCGCCACUCUGGAAUGGCUGUGGCAGGAUUAGCUGCAGAUGGCAGGCAGAUCGUUGCCAGGGCUAAAUCUGAAGCAAAUAACUACGACAGUGUGUACGGUGACCCAAUUCCUGUUAAGGAGCUUGCCGAUCGCGUGGCUAGCUAUGUGCACCUUUGUACAUUAUAUUGGUGGCUCAGACCUUUCGGCUGUGGUGUCAUACUAGGUGGUUACGACAGAGAUGGACCACAGUUGUACAUGGUUGAACCUUCUGGCGUCUCUUAUAGGUACUUCGGUGCUGCAAUUGGGAAGGGCAGGCAGGCUGCGAAAACAGAGAUUGAAAAGUUGAAGCUUGCAGAUUUGACCUGCCGACAGGGAGUUAUUGAAGUAGCUAAGAUUAUAUAUGGAGUUCAUGAUGAGGCCAAGGAUAAAGAUUUCGAACUCGAGAUGAGCUGGGUGUGUGAGGAAUCAAAUCGUCAACAUGAAAAGGUCCCAGAGGAGCUUCUAGAAGAAGCUAAGACAGCAGCCAAAGCAGCUCUUGAAGAAAUGGAUGCAGAUUAA